GCAGCCGUGAAUCGCCACCAUUGUGUUCCGAGCCUUCGUCCCUCCACUUUCACAUUGACCACCUGUUCGAAGACCACGCAACGUUUACAUUAUUGUGUUGUAGAGGUGUGGUUAUGAAUCACAAAGCUCUAAACUAAAAACUGUUGUUAUCCCCAUUUUUUGGACUUCUGACAUGAAGGUGUACAUUUUUUCGGUCACCAUCGCUCUCUACCUUCACACUUCUGGGGCAAUAGAUUGCUACCAGUGUUCAGGCAGUGAUCCAAAAAAGCCAUUUCAGUGCAACGAGUGGCUGAGUAGCGACAUUGACAUAAAACCAGAGCCAUGUGACGACGUCUAUGACGCCAAAUAUUGUAUCAAACACAUUGGCAGAUUCGAAGCUUCAGCUCUUUCCUGCUAUCAGUGUGCCGCUCAUGAAACUAUAGACUGCUCAGAUGGGAUGAUUCACUUCGGUGGUUUACAGCCACAGAGUUGCAACGACGUUUUUGAAGCACAAUAUUGCAUUAAAUCCACCAGUUUGGACGGAGGAAUCGGCGCUAAAAGAUUUUGUUCGUCGUUGGAUUUGGGGAAUUACUGCAAUUACGUCAAACAACCAGGCGACAUUUUGCAAUACCGCACGUGUGUAUUCACGUGCACUGGUGAUGGGUGCAACCCAUCAACUACCAUCACACCCAACUGUGUUCUUCUCGUCACUUGCAUACUCACCUUUGUCUAUAAAAUAAUCGUAAUCAGGUAGAUUGAGAAACUUUAUUUCAUUAAAAGUAAAAAGCAACUGAUGUAAAGGUACAAAAGCCUGUCAUAAAUAUUCCUAAAUCUGAAGCACACUUAUUCAGCUUUUUUCAGUGAGAGAACCUAAAAUUAUGUAUAACGAACUGUAGUUUUACAAUAAAUGUAUGUGACUUAAACAAUA